AUGGAAUAUACUCCUGGGUCAGAGAAUACAUAUGCAAGUUCGUUACAUGAAUAUACUGGUAUAGCGGUGAAGUUCAUGCUUCCAGUAUACCCAUCACCCAGUUCUAGAGGUCAGAAGUCUGAAAAGGGUCUCACUGGGCUACAAUCAGGGUGUUGGCAAGAUUGCGUUCUUCUGCAAGCUCUACAGCAAAGGCAUUUUGCUGGUGCCCAGAAGAAUGUUGGCUCUGCUGGGGUCACCGUGGAGAUUGUCCAUGAUGACCUGCUGGGAUUUGCUCUCCUAGAGUGCCCCUCGGUCCUGGAAUACAAGGUGCAGGCUGGAAACAGCUCCUUGUACAACAUGCCCCCGUGUUUCAGCAUCUACGUCAUGGGCUUGGUCCUGGAGUGGAUUAAAAACAAUGGAGAUAUUGCGGCCAUGGAGAAGCUUAGCUCCAUCAAAUCUCAAAUGAUUUAUGAGAUUAUUGAUAAUUCUCAAGGAUUCUACGUAUGUCCAGUGGAGCCCCAAAAUAGAAGCAAGAUGAAUAUUCCAUUCCGCACUGGCAAUGCCAAAGGAGGUGAUGCUUUAGAAAAAAGAUUUCUUGAUAAAGCUCUUGAAUUCAAUAUGUUGUCCUUGAAAGGGCAUAGGUCUGUGGGAGGCAUCUGGGCCUCUCUGUAUAACGCUGUCAUGAUUGAAGAUGUUCAGAAGCUAGCUGCCUUCAUGAAAAAUUUUUUGGAGAUGCAUCAGCUAUGAGCACAUCCUAACCAGGAUAUACUCUGUUCUUGAACAACAUACAAAGUUUAAAGUAACUUGGGGAUGGCUAGAAAAAGUUAACAAACAGUAUUUUUCUCAAAUGAACAUGUUUAUUGUAGAUUCCUCUUUUUUGAAGGAACAACAGCAAAACAUCUACAGCUCUGUAAAGCUGGUGGGACCUAAUAUUCACUUAAUUCUGACUUG